CUCGGUGUUCCAGAGACUCCCUGCUGACAGUCACCAUGUCAGACAGGGAGGAGGAGGAGGCCCCGGAAGGGAGGGAGUCAGCAUGCCUGCUGUGUCGGCGAUCAGAGGCUGACCCGGACAUCUGUGGAGAUAAAAUCCAGAAACGUGGGCUCUGUGCCCACGUGUUCUGCCUGUUUUUUGCCAGCCUCCUUGAUCAGCAAGAGGAUGAACGAGUAGGACUCCUGGGCUUUCUCCCAAGGGAUAUCCUACAUGCAGUCAACCGGGCGGCACAGCAGAGCUGCUGCAUCUGUGGCCAGAGCGGGGCCACCAUCGCCUGCUGUGGAACAGACUGUGACCUGAGCUUCCACCUGCCCUGUGCCAAGCAGGGAGGCUGUGUCACCCAGUACAUUACACCGUACAGGGCCUUCUGCCCCACACACAGCCCACAGCAGGCAGUGGAGGCGACUCCAGAGCCGGGCACCGAAUGCCUCAUCUGCAUGGAGCCUGUGGAGGACAGAAAGACCUUCAACACCCUGGUGUGCCCAGCCUGCAAAACCGCCUGGUUCCACAGGGACUGCAUCCAAGGACAGGCUCUGCAUGCUGCAUUUUUAGCCCUCCAGUGUCCCAUCUGCAGAAACAGGGAGGAAUUUCUCAUGGAGAUGUUCACCAUGGGGAUCCGAAUCCCCUUCAGAGAGCCAUCAUGGGAGGAGAAUGAUGCGUUCGCUGAGCAAGGAGAGAGACACAGGCACUGCGAUGCCAGUGAGUGCCUUUGUCCAGGAGGCAGGCAGGAGGCAGAGGAACAGGGGCCCUGGCAACUGUUCCUGUGCUCCUCCUGUGCUGCCCAGGGCACCCACAGACACUGCUCUGGCCUGAGGGACAGCACAACCAGCUGGGAAUGUGAUGGCUGUGCUG